CUAAGUGGGAUGGGUGUGUGAUUUAUGACUGUUGAACCAUUGGGAGUGAUUCUGUGCCAAUAAAAGUUUGAUAUCGGCCUUGCCUCUGCGUGCAAGGGAUAUUUUGGACGUUCCAUUUUGCAUGCUCUUUGAGACGUUGUGCAGAACUAUGGUUUAAGCUAAGAACCUACACUGAUGGUUUGAGCUUCUGCACAUACUACAGACAAGCCAUGGUUCAGAGUGACGUACCUGCUCUUGCCUCUCCCCUUCUGAGCACUCCAUAACCUCCGGCCUGCCUCACUGAAGCAGCGGCCUCUUGGAUCCUUUCAGGUCCCCAGCGAUAACAACAACGUGAAAAUGCCUUCAGCUGAUUUCUUACAGUUGGAGCCAGUCGUCAGCUGCGUGCCCCACUGCUACUCCCAGGAAGUCAGCCAGCUGUGCCGACUGGCUUCGGGAAGUUAUGCCAUCGUUCCAUCCACAUACUUGCCGGACACAGAAGGAGGGUUCACGGUUACCAUAGCAACCAAAAUAGACAGGAAAAGCAUUCAGUCAACAGAGACUUUGGGUCAAAGGCUGGAGGAGGUUUCCUUUAAAGCUGUGAUGAAAAUGUGAUUUGAAAGGGACUCAUCCUGACACAGGAGUAUGAGGGGGAAGAACCGCGUGCUUUCUCUCUGGACUGAAACAACCCAAAUGUACUUCAAGCCUUUUCUUGGGUGACAAUCGCGUCCGACCCUCUUUUUUCAGCUCAAAGUCCUUAUCUGUUUUUAUUUUAAAUCACACACACACACACACCGUGUGAACUUCAGACUUUUUGCUGUGCUAAAUGGACUUGGAUCUAUGUGCAUCUGCUUCCCCCCACCCCCCCGGCCUCAUCCCACCUGCAUCUUAAUGAUCAAUGAAAAGAUAAUAUUGUCCCUGUGGUGUGUUCAAAUCUGUUUCGAUCCCGUGUUGGUUACACUUUUUGCCGUGCAUGUGAUGUGUGUGUCUGUGUGUUCAUAGUCAAAAACCACUUGAAGGAGAACGUUAAGCUAACACACUUAAGCUUCAGAGUGUGAUAAGGAGAAGCUUGAGACAAGAAAGGAAGUUGACAGUUAUUUCAAGGAGAUUUUUUUAAAGGGGGAAAAUAGAAGAUUUGAAGAUGUAAAACAGGCAGACACACCUUUCUUUCAUAUAGGAAAGAUGCCGCUGAGCUUGAGCUGCACAUACUGAACGCUUCUUUACAGGUGCUUGACAAUCCUUGUUUUUAUAGGCAAUAAACAUGGGACAUUGAUUGACUCUUUGGGUGAGUAGAUAAUAAUUUAUGGUUUAUCCUAUAGGACAAGUGGUUCCCAACCUUGGGCUUCCAGAUGUUCUUGGACUUCAACUCCCAGAAAUCCUGGCCGGCAGUGGUGGUGG